AUAGCCGCCCUCGCCGCUAACAAGCCCCAAAGCAAAGCCGGGUGUGGGUGCUGGUGGUGGUGGUGGGAGAGACCCCGAGCAGAAACGGCCGGUGCGAACCCAAAACUCUGGGCGCUGGGCAAAGUUGCGGUCGGGAGCGGCGGUGACAGCCCGCUGCGGCAGCCCCGGGGCCCGGGUCCGCCUCCCUGCCUCCAUCCAUCCCUCCCUCCCUCCCUUCCUCCGCGGGCGCGGAGCCGCAGCCUCCCCGCCAACAGCUGGGCUUUUUUAAUAAAUCAUAACAAUAACACACACGCAGGGGGGAAAAAAAAAAAAGAAAAAAAAAGAAAAAAGAAAAGUUGCGGGAUUGCCCCUUCCCGGCUCGGCCCUCGGUGCUCGGCGGUCCCGGCGGGCGAGGCGAAGUUUGGGGACCCUAACUGUAAACUAGAAGACAAGGUAGAAGAUGGAGAUGUUCUAGACUGUAAGAAGAGGCCAGAUGAAGGGGAGGAGUUAGAAGAAGAAGUGGUGCACAGCUGUGACAGCUGCCUCCAGGUGUUUGAGUCACUGAGUGAUAUCACCGAGCACAAGAUUAAUCAAUGUCAGCUGACAGAUGGAGUGGAUGUUGAGGAUGACCCCUCUUGCUCAUGGCCAGCAUCAUCGCCAUCUAGCAAGGACCAGACUUCCCCCAGCCAUGGAGAAGGCUGUGAUUUUGGCGAAGAGGAAGGAGGCCCAGGGUUGCCCUAUCCGUGCCAGUUCUGUGACAAGUCCUUCAGCCGCCUCAGCUACUUAAAGCACCACGAGCAGAGCCACAGCGACAAGCUGCCCUUCAAAUGCACCUAUUGUAGCCGCCUCUUCAAACACAAGCGCAGCAGGGACCGCCACAUCAAGCUGCACACGGGGGACAAGAAGUACCACUGCAGCGAGUGCGACGCCGCCUUCUCCAGGAGCGACCACCUCAAAAUCCACCUGAAGACUCACACGUCCAACAAGCCAUACAAGUGCGCCAUUUGCCGGAGGGGCUUCCUGUCCUCCAGCUCCCUGCACGGCCACAUGCAGGUGCACGAGAGGAACAAGGAUGGUUCCCAGUCGGCUUCCCGGAUGGAGGACUGGAAAAUGAAGGACACUCAGAAGUGCAGUCAGUGCGAAGAAGGCUUUGAUUUUCCGGAAGACCUUCAGAAGCACAUUGCGGAAUGUCACCCCGAGUGCUCCCCUAACGAGGACAGGUCUGCUCUGCAGUGUGUGUACUGCCACGAACUCUUUGUGGAGGAAACCUCUCUGGUGAAUCACAUGGAGCAGGCUCACACCGGGGAGAAGAAGAACUCGUGCAGCAUUUGCUCGGAGAACUUCCACACCGUGGAGGAGCUGUACAGCCACAUGGACAGUCACCAGCAGCCGGAGUCGUGCAACCACAGCAACAGCCCCUCUUUGGUAACUGUGGGCUACACCUCGGUUUCCAGCACCACUCCGGAUUCCAACCUCUCGGUGGAUAGUUCGACGAUGGUGGAAGCAGCUCCUCCUAUCCCGAAAGGCCGCGGCAGGAAGCGGGCAGCUCAGCAGGUGCCGGAUAUCACUGGCCCUUCCAGCAAGCAGGCGAAGGUUACCUACAGCUGCAUUUAUUGCAACAAGCAGCUGUUUUCCAGCCUUGCAGUUUUGCAGAUACACCUGAAAACUAUGCAUUUAGAUAAGCCCGAGCAGGCUCACAUCUGUCAGUACUGUCUGGAGGUGUUGCCAUCUCUCUACAACCUGAAUGAACACCUUAAGCAAGUCCAUGAAGCUCCAGACCCAGCACUGAUCGUUUCUACCAUGCCUGCCAUGGUGUACCAGUGCAACUUCUGCUCCGAGGUGUUCAAUGACCUCAACACCCUUCAGGAGCACAUCCGAUGUUCUCAUGGAUUUGCCAACCCUGCUGCUAAGGACAGUAAUGCAUUCUUUUGUCCCCAUUGCUACAUGGGGUUUCUUACAGAUUCUUCUCUGGAAGAGCAUAUUAGACAAGUCCAUUGUGACCUUAGCAGUUCCCGUUUUGGUUCCCCUGUGCUUGGAACCCCAAAAGAUCCAGUGGUGGAAGUGUAUUCUUGUUCUUACUGUACAAACUCUCCAAUAUUUAAUAGUGUUCUUAAACUGAACAAGCAUAUCAAGGAGAACCAUAAGAACAUUCCUUUGGCACUGAAUUACAUCCACAAUGGAAAAAAAUCCAGAGCCAUGAGUCCCUUGUCUCCUGUGACCAUUGAGCAGACCUCUUUAAAGAUGAUGCAGGCAGUCGGAGGUGCUCCUCCCCGUCCUGCAGGUGAAUAUAUUUGCAAUCAGUGUGGUGCUAAGUAUACUUCCUUGGAUGGCUUUCAGACUCACUUAAAAACACACCUUGACACUGUCCUGCCAAAACUGACCUGCCCUCAGUGCAACAAGGAGUUUCCCAAUCAGGAGUCUCUGCUGAAGCACGUCACCAUUCACUUCAUGAUCACCUCAACCUACUACAUCUGUGAAAGCUGUGACAAGCAGUUCACUUCUGUGGAUGACCUGCAGAAACACCUGCUGGACAUGCACACCUUCGUGUUCUUCCGCUGCACCUUGUGCCAAGAGGUUUUUGACUCCAAGGUCUCCAUUCAGCUCCACCUGGCCGUGAAGCACAGCAACGAGAAGAAGGUGUACAGGUGUACGUCCUGCAACUGGGAUUUCCGCAACGAGACCGACCUGCAGCUGCACGUGAAGCACAACCACCUGGAGAACCAAGGCAAAGUGCACAAGUGCAUCUUCUGCGGCGAGUCCUUCGGCACGGAGGUGGAGCUGCAGUGCCACAUUACUACGCACAGCAAGAAGUACAACUGCAAGUUCUGCAGCAAAGCUUUCCACGCCAUCAUCCUGCUGGAGAAGCACUUAAGGGAAAAGCAUUGCGUUUUUGAAACGAAACCUCCCAACUGCGGAACCAACGGAGCCUCGGAGCAGGUCCAGAAGGAGGAGGUGGAACUCCAGACCUUGCUGACAAAUAGCCAGGAGUCCCAUAACAGCCACGAUGGCAGCGAAGAAGAUGUGGACACAUCUGAGCCUAUGUACGGCUGCGACAUUUGUGGAGCGGCUUACACCAUGGAGACUCUCCUGCAAAACCACCAGCUCCGAGACCACAACAUUCGGCCUGGAGAAAGCGCCAUAGUGAAGAAGAAGGCUGAGCUGAUUAAAGGCAAUUACAAGUGCAACGUGUGCUCCAGAACCUUCUUCUCCGAAAACGGGCUGCGGGAACACAUGCAGACGCACUUGGGACCAGUGAAACACUACAUGUGCCCUAUCUGUGGGGAGAGGUUUCCGUCCCUCCUGACUCUGACUGAGCAUAAGGUGACUCACAGCAAGAGUCUGGACACUGGCAACUGCCGCAUUUGCAAGAUGCCCCUCCAGAGCGAGGAGGAGUUUCUAGAGCAUUGCCAAAUGCACCCCGACUUGAGGAACUCCUUGACGGGGUUCCGCUGCGUGGUGUGCAUGCAGACGGUGACCUCCACGCUGGAACUGAAAAUCCAUGGCACAUUCCACAUGCAGAAAACUGGAAAUGGUUCUGCCGUGCAGGCCACGGGGCGGGCGCAGCACCUGCAGAAACUGUACAAGUGCGCUUCUUGCCUGAAGGAAUUCCGCUCCAAACAGGACUUAGUGAAACUCGAUAUCAACGGGCUGCCGUACGGGCUGUGUGCUAGCUGUGUUAAUCUCAGUAAAAGUGGUAGUCCCAGUGUCAACAUCCCUUCGAGCAGUAACAGACCAGGCAUGGGCCCAAAUGAGAACUUGAGUUCCAUUGAGAGCAAAAGCAAGGCAGGGGGACUGAAGACUCGAUGUACGAGUUGCAAUGUUAAGUUUGAAUCAGAAAGUGAACUCCAAAACCAUAUUCAGGCAAUCCACAGAGAGCUUGUUCCAGACAGCAACAGUACACAGCUGAAAACACCACAAGUAUCUCCAAUGCCCAGAAUCAGCCCCUCCCAAACUGAAGAGAAGAAGACCUACCAGUGCAUCAAAUGUCAGAUGGUUUUCUACAAUGAAUGGGAUAUCCAAGUUCAUGUUGCAAACCACAUGAUUGAUGAAGGACUGAACCAUGAAUGCAAGCUCUGCAAUCAGACGUUCGACUCUCCUGCCAAACUUCAGUGCCACCUGAUAGAGCACAGCUUUGAAGGCAUGGGGGGCACCUUCAAGUGUCCAGUGUGCUUUACAGUGUUUGUCCAAGCAAACAAGCUGCAGCAGCAUAUUUUCUCAGCCCAUGGACAAGAGGACAAGAUCUAUGACUGCACACAGUGUCCACAGAAGUUCUUCUUCCAAACAGAGCUGCAGAACCAUACGAUGACCCAGCACAGCAGUUAGUGCAAAGCUUGUCUCUUCCAGAGAACUCUUGGUGGCACAGAAGGACAAAAAAGCGAAACCCAACAACCAACGACGACGACUUUAAAAGCAAACAAACAACAACAAAAAAAAGACAAAAACAAAACAAAAAAAAAAGCAACAAAAAAAAAAAAAAGGGAACACAUUUUACUCUUUGCACGAAACUUUCAUUGUUUUAAUGUAUAUUCUUCAGAAACAUUGUAUUGUACCAUAAAAAAAACAAAACAAACAAACCAACCCUUGUAUUAUGGAAACUGUUGGAUGUUCAUGUGUUUGAACUUUUGAGCACCGGAUAGACUUCCUGUAUAUAAAGUGUUGCACAUGUAUUAUGUUGUCUGAUAACUAAAAUGGUCUUAUAAAGACAAGUGGACUUGGGCCCUAUUCAAGAAAGAUCCAAAUAAUAAUAAUAAUAACACUAAUAAUAAUAAUGAUGAUGAUGAUGAUGAUGAUGAUGAUGCGUGAGGGGAGAAAAUAAAACCAAACCGACAACCAACCAACCAAACAAAAAUAAAACCAACCAACCAAACUUUGAGACCUUUUGAAGGAGGAAGGAGAAAGUAAUAACUUGUCCAUUACAGGAGGAAGGAGAAGGUAAUAUUUGUUCCAUCACAGCUCUGUUAGGACUUCCUUUCGUUUCGACUUCCAGCCUUGGAAAUCUCUCUCUUUUUGUUUGGGUAUCCAGGCGGAUGAAAUCUAAGACUUAUUUUUUAUCGUUGAAGAUUCUUGCAAAAAAAUAAAAUAAAUAGAGGAAAAAAAAAUGAAAAAAAAAAAAAAAAAAGAAGAAGAAGAUGAUGAAGGAAAAAAGAAAUAUGAAGAGACUCUUUCUGACAGAGCAGGAAUCCCCCCAGUUGAAUAAGGCCCGUAUAUAUAUUUGUAAGCCUUGCGAUAUGACAGAUAGCAUUACCAUAUAUGCAAUAGUUGUUAUGUAGAUUGUCAAAGGAUCUCCUUCUGUUUAUUUUUAUUGGUUUCUUUUGUUUUCCUUUUUGUUUUUUUGGAGGAAGGGGUGGGGGGGCUGUUGUUGUUUUAUUUUGGUUCCUUUGGUUUUGUUUUUUUUUAUCCUGGAUACCCGUUUGAAGCUUUGAGUGUUCCAAGACUUUUUCCUUACUGAUUUCUCAAUGGCCAAAUUCUUGACUCGGUUGAACUAACCUGUAUGUUACUGUUAUUAAUGUUUACUCUGCGGUCUGAACCUGGAGAUUACUGGAAUUGUUUUCCAAAAGGAAAUAAAUUCAGUUUACCAUUA